AUGUCAGAUAUUAAAGAAUGGACAAAAGAAUAUUAUAUUGAGAAUAAAGAAUUGUGUGAUAAAAUUCUUGAAUCUAUUGAUAAUUUUGAGGGAAUACCGUCACUAAAUAAUUUGCCAUUGCACGUCCUUAAAGAUGGACAGUUGGUACGUUUUUCAGGGAUGAUUCAAGAUAUGUAUAAUCCAGAGUUAUAUAUGGAAAAAUACCAAGUUAAAAAUCUAGAUACUGGAAGUGUAAAUAUGAGAUCCGGAAUGUACCAAGAUAUUUUAAAAUGUUUGGCUAAUGAGGAGGUGGUUCUUGAUUGUGAUGAAAAUAAAAAUUCGGAACGUCUAAAUUGUCUUAUGAUAUCUAUACCUGGUCUUAAUAAUUGGGCAAAAGAGAAUAUAACUGGCUGCGAAUUAAAUAAAAAUGAUUUUACAAAAUCUACGUCUAGUAGUUUUUCAACUGAAAAACGAGCUUUAGAUAAUGAUUAUGAUGAUGAUGAUGAUAAUGAUGAUGAACCGAUGGAUACUACAGCAGAACCGGCUUUGAAAAAAGAAAAAUUAUCAGUUGUACCACCAGAAUCACAAACUAAAAAUGAUUUUUUUUUUAAAUCCAAGGUAAUUAUUUCGCAGGAUCAUUUAAUUAAUUUUCCAAUUCCAAUAGUCGAUGGUAAAACAUGUGUAGUUAAAAUUUACAAUGAUAAUUGUUAUAAAUUAAAUCAAGUACUCGAUAUUGUUGGAUUCAUUUCUUUGAAUCCUAAGAUAGAUGAUUUAACAACAUCGGAAGCAGAUAUUAUUAUGGAUGAAAUAGAAAUAGCUGAAGCUCAAAUGUACAAUCUACCACCAUCAUUUAUUCCACGUCUUCAUGCGAUUAAAGUAAAUCAACUUGUUCCAAAAAUAUUUUAUAAUAAUUAUAAUUCAAUAAUAUCGAAAGUUAAUUUAAUACGCAGUGAUUUGCAUUUAGUAUUGAGUCAAUUAUUAUUUGGAGAUGAAUUGGCUGCUAAUUAUGUUAUUUGUAAUUUAUUAUCAGGAAUUUAUACACGCAAAGAUUAUUUAUGUUUAGGAAAUUUUCCAUUAAACAUUACUGGAUUUUCAAUUGAUAAAUUUCCAUACUUUACAAAUAAUUUUUAUGAUAUAUUAAAAUUAUUUGUUGCUAAAACUCAUUUAUUUGAAUGUACACUAGAUAAUUUAAAUAAUUCAAAGUUAGUUCCGCGAAAAGAUUAUGAUUCGGAUAAAUUGUUAAGUGGAAUAUUACAAUUAAGUGAUAAUACUCUAUUAAUAAUUGAUGAAACUAAAUUAAUUCCCGGACAAGUAACACCUAAUGGUAAAAUUAAUUACAAGGCAAUAACUGAUUUAAUUAAAUUUCAAAAAAUUAAUUAUGAUUUUAAAUAUUAUACUAUUGAGUAUGAAACAGAUAUUCCAGUGUUGAUAUUAUCACAAGUAAAAUCCUUUAUUCCAUGUGCUAUGCAAAUACCAUUAAAGAUUAAUGAAGAAACUGAUAAAGUUUAUUCUCAAGUUAUUGAAGCAACAAAACAGUUUCUUAAAAAUUCAGAGAGACUCAAUAAUAUACGUGGAUAUUUAGAAUUACUCCACUCAAAUGAAUUAAAAUUAAAAGAUGAUAUAACAGAUAUUAUUCAACAAGAUUUUGUUGACUUGAGACGUAUUGAUAGCAAAUUAAUAAACGCUGAUAGCUUACAUCAACUUAUGGUUUUUGCAAGAUUUAUGGCUAUUAGUUAUGGAGAAGAUUCAUUAUCCGUUGAAAGAUGGAAACAGAUAUUGACCUUGGAAAAAUCAAGACUCGCUCGUUUAUCUAAUUCUAAUACAUCUAAAUAA